CGUUUCAGCUUCAGUUUGAUUUGAUCAACGCCAUCUGAAGGUUCUAAAUAUUUUACUACUAUAUACACAAAUAUUUAUUACAAAAUAUUAUAUACUUUACUAUGAAGCUGCUAGUCCUUAUCGUUGUGUUCGUCGCCUUUGUGGCCAAUUCGUUGGCUCUGAAAAAUGAAGUGUGUGGUCUACCCCAUUCCCGUAAUGGUGAUGGUAGAAUGUCCUGCGAGGCUUAUUUCCCCAGUUGGACCUAUGAUUCCGAUAAAAACGAGUGCAUUGAAUUCAUCUACGGAGGCUGUGGUGGCAAUGACAACAGAUUCGGUUCAAAGGAAAUAUGUGAAGACAAGUGCUUACAAUGAAGUAAUUAAAUAAAAGUAAAUUCUUCAAUGAAUACUUAAUAAUCUUA